AUGGUUGGUGGAGGUGGCGUAGCGAUUUAUCUACGAUGUGACAUUGACUGCGAGAUCGUAGCACAGUCGGUAACUAGCGCGGACUCUCCUGAAUAUCUUUUUUUAGAAGUCACUCUUCACCACACUAGGGCCCUACUGGGAGUUUUUUACAGUCCUCACCUAAGAGUUGACUAUUUUGAGCAACUAGAGUCGGUUCUGGCUGAUCUACGUACCCGCUACGAACAUAUUAUACUCAUGGGUGACUUCAAUACCUGCCUUGUUAAGCGUGACUGCCGAUCGAGGAAGUUGCUUUCACUCUUCCACUCACUUUUUUUGAAUUGCCUCGAGUUGUAUCCCACUCACUUUCCGCAUAAUGGUCAACCUUCCCUUCUUGAUCUGAUCAUCACUUCUUCUCCUGAGCUGGUUGAUUCUCAUGGACAGUUUAAUGCUGCUGCUUUUUCUUCACACGAUUUAAUUUAUGCUUCGUUCAAAAUUCGUCCACCUAAGCGCAGACAUAAAACCUUAAUGCUCCGCAAUUAUGCUAAAAUAGACAAAAAUGCCCUUUUCGAUGAUGUGCUGAAUUCUGAUUGGGAGCUAGUGUUUGGAGCGGAGGACGUGAAUGAAAUGGUUCAAGCUUUUAACUCCAUUAUUUUGACCAUCUUUGACAAGCAUGCUCCUCUUCAAGUUGUCCGAGUCAAACAUUUCCCCGCGCCUUGGCUCACGCCAGAUAUCAAGGGGGUUAUGGAGAGGCGCAACAGAGCACGUAUCAGAUUGCGGAAGAAUCCAACCAAAAUCAAUAGUGAGUCCUACAUCGAGUUACGUAACCGCUGCAACAAGCUCUGUAGGAGCGCCAGGCGUAAGCAUAUUCACUCCACUAUCGAAGGUUGUCCGCAUACUAAGAUGUGGAAAUAUUUGAAGUCACUGGGUAUCGGUAAAGCUGAUCAUGUCUUUCCCUUCAAUGUCGAUCUUAACGCGCUGAACGACUACUUUGCAUCUUCCCCAGUAUGUUUAGAUUCUGUCAUAAAAUCGCGAACUUUAUCUGUCCUGGCCAAUGCACCUUGUCUUGCUUCAGCUUCUUUUGAUUUUGGAAAGGUUACGACAGCAGAUGUGUUGAAAAUACUUAAGUCUGUCACCACGAAGGCUGUUGGUAAUGACGGUUUGAGUCUUGACAUGAUCACUCCAAUACAGGACCUAGUAGCUCCUAUCCUAACUCAUAUCCUUAAUUUUUCCCUUUCCAGUGGUGUGUUUCCCGCUGUAUGGAAACAAGCCCAUGUGGAAUGCGACGCUCACUGCCAAACUUUCAGACACCUAGUCACACCAUCGUUUCGAACAUCGACCUGUAUGUCGUUUGCCUUCAUUCCUGCCCGUAACAAUCACGCUCUCGAGACUAUCAGCGCUUCUGCGUGCAAUGUGACCAAAGAACUGCGGAAUGCGGAGCAAACAGACGGAAGAUGA